AUGGCGGUCGGAUUUUCGCAUAAUAGAACUGCGUCUGCUAACGUUACUGUCGGAAAUUUUGCAGAAUUAACCGCCAUCGCAGCGGGUGAGAAAAUAGCUCAAACCGGCGGCGCCGGGGGAACUGGUGAUUCAAUGAUGACGAAAGAGAAAACAGCACUGCAAAAAAACAGCAAAAGAACGCCGGCGAUGUCUCUAGAAUAUUCCUCCCUGGACGUCCCGCCCGGCUUUGCUCCGUUACCGUUACCGUUACCGCCGCUGCCACAGCCGAUCGAAAAUCCGUCCGGUUCAAAUAAACGGCGAGGGAGACCGCGGGGAACCGACAAACGGAAGACUCCUGAUUCGGAUUUGUCCAUUGUAGAUUCAGGCGCAUUGCAGGAAAGCAUAUGGGUAGGAGACAUGAAAGCGCGAGUAGUCAUUGUGAAUCCAGGAGAGAUUGGCAGCUAUCAGGUUUCCGUUUUUUCCGGCAGUGGAACUGUCUCCGGCGUGACGCUUCCGGUCACCGGAGUUUAUGGCAAUGUAAUGACGUUUCAGGGCAGUUUUGAGAUUGUGGGUCUAUCAGGAACUUACACCCUUUCUGAGAGACAAGGGAUCAAAUGUUGGGCUGGAAGAUUAGCCGUUUUAUUAGCCAGGCCUGAUGGCACUGUCAUUGGCGGCACCGUAGCCGGUGUUUUUAUGGCUGCUAGUCCCGUUCGGAUCCUGGUGGGAAGCUUUGAAAGAAACAACCAGCAAGAACCAAGCACACCUUGUACAACAGAAGCAUUGCCACGGCGGCGGCCACGAGCCAGAGCACGUGCAAGAACAACGGCUAAAGCAGCAGGAACUGCAGCAGCACUGGGCUACAGUAGCACCACCACCACCACCAACAAUACCGGCUACAGCACCACCACCGCCGCCGCCAACGAAUGCUAA